AUGGCUUCUAUUGGUAUCGCUUUUGGUAACUCCACGUCGUCGAUUGCUAUUGCCAACGACGACGGCAAGAUCGAUGUCAUUGCUAACCCUGACGGUGACCGUUUCAUUGCCUCGGCGCUUUCGUACGUCGGAGAAGACGAGUACCACGGCGCGCAGGCCCAGGCCCAGCUCGUGAGAAACCCUAAUUCCACCAUCGUCAACUUCAGAGACUACAUUGGUCUCCCAUUUGACAAGAUCGACCCUACAUACUCCCAAAAGUCUGCUCAUCCGAUCAAUCUGGGCGGAAAGACUGGAUACUCCAUCAAUGACAAACAGGUCACCGUGGACGAGAUCGCCACGAGCCACCUUAAACAGAUCAAGGCUGCUGCCGAGGACUACAUUGGCGAGAAGAUCGAGGGAGCUGUCAUUGCGGUUCCAACCAAUUUCUCGGAGGAACAAAAGGCCGCAUUGAAGAAGAUCUCCAGCGACGCAGACAUCAAGGUUCUGCAGCUGAUCAACGAGCCUACCGCUGCCCUGUUGGCGCACCUGGUUGCCAAGGACGCUCUGAACAAGGACAAACUGUUUGUGGUUGCUGACUUUGGUGGUGUUCGCUCGGACGCUGCGGUCAUUGCUGUGAGAGGCGGUAUUCUCACCGUUCUAGCCACUGCACACGACUACGAGCUAGGCGGUGACAAGCUGGACGACUGUCUGGUGGAGUACUUUGCCAAGGAGUUCCAGAAAAAGUACAAGGUGGACCCAACGACGAACGCCAGAUCGCUGGCCAAGCUGAAGAGUGCGUGUAUCAUCACCAAGAAGACUCUUUCCAACGUCCAGACCUCGACGAUCUCGAUCGACUCGCUUGCCGAGGGCUACGACUUCCACUCCUCGAUCAACAGACUGCGGUUCGAGGUUGCUGGUCGCUCAGUGUUCACCAGGAUGUCUGCCUUUGUCGAGUCUGUGGUUGCCAAAGCUGGCUUGGAGACUCUGGACAUCGACGAGGUGCUGCUUGUGGGCGGCUCGUCGAACAUCCCAAAGGUCGCCGCCAACAUCGCGGCCGUGUUCCCGGAAUCCACCGUGGUCAGCUCUCCGUCCACCGACAGCAAGCUGUGCAACCCGAACGAGCUGAUCAGCAGAGGCGCUGCCCUGCAGGCGUCGAUCGUCGCGUCGUUCGACGUCGAGGAGAUCGAGGAGUCGACGCAGCCUGUGGUGACCAACACGCAGCACAUUGCCAAGCCGAUCGGCAUCAAGACCGGCGAAAGCGAGUUCCUGACCGUUGUUUCGAGAGAGACCGCGUACCCGAUCAGAAAGAGCGUCACAUUGAAGGCUGGCGCGGACGACGUGUUUAUUGAGCUUUACGAGGGAGAGCGCCAGGUCAAGGAGACCGUUGUCGAGGCCGAGAAGUUCUCCGACGACGAGGACAGCGAGGAGGAGGAGCCGGAGGUCGUGAAGAGCGUGCACUACGUUCCGGGCACGUUGCUGGCGCAGAUGGCUCUGAGAGGCGUUGGCGAAGGCAGCUCCGUGGAGGUGAUUGUGAACAUCAACAAGGACGGCAAGCUCCAGCUGGUGGGACGCAGCGGCGACAAGGUUGUCAAGGGAGAGAUAUAA